ACAUCCUUCAUUCAAAGUUUGAAUAUCUUGACCAUUUCCGAACUAAUAUCCCCCCUAUAUAUAAGCUCGAAUCUAUCUACCCAAUUCAUACCCAAGCCACAAAUAAAAAACUUCCAACAACCAACUACUCUCAGAGGUCAUAACAUACUUCUGGUUUUGUUUGGUGUUCGAAUUCAAUAUACACCAUCUUAUUAUAGGAUCAAAGAAUAAGCAUAUAUGGCAGCCAUUAAUCAAGCUCCAACUUUCAUGCGUUCAAACGCAUCAUCUACUUCUCCCUUCCCUUCGUCUUCCCACAAAUAUAUCACAAACGCUGCUAUCAGUUUUCCAAAGAUUAAAACCAAUAAUAUAAGCAUCCGCCCUCAAAAGAUCCCAUCAAACAUAGCUCUGGUUGAAGAAACGGAUAUAUAUUCAAGAAUCAUACCCAAGAACCCGACCUCAAGCCCUAGAAAUGUUUCUGGUGAUCCUCAAGUUAUGGAGAAGCUUUACCUGAUAAUGGAGGCUGUUUCUGAUCGGGUGGAGAUGCAUAAGAACAUUGGAGAGCAAAGGAACAGCUGGAACAGCCUGUUGUUAACUUCGAUCAACACCAUUACUCUUUCGGCUGCAACCAUGGCUGGUAUUGCUGCUGCGAUGACGACUACACCUGGUGCACCAUUAGAAGUGCUUAAGCUCUCAUCUACUUUCAUGUAUUUGGCUGCAACAGGGUUGUUGGUUAUCAUGAACAAGAUCCAACCUUCCCAACUGGCUGAAGAACAAAGAAAUGCUGCAAGAUUGUUGAAGCAACUUGAAAGCGAAAUCCAGACAAAAAUCGCCAUAGGUAAUCCUACACUCCGUGAUGUGAAUGAAGCGAUGAAGAAGGUUUUGGCUAUAGAUAGAGCAUACCCUCUUCCUUUACUUGGCGCCAUGCUUGAAAAGUUUCCAGCUAAAACUGAACCAGCGGUUUGGUGGCCAGAAAAGAGGAGGGCUUCUGCUAAAGGGAAAAACGAUAAAAAUGGUUGGAGUGUGGAGUUAGAAGAGGAGAUGAGAAAGAUCAUUAAAGUUUUGGAAGUAAAAGAUAAAGAGGAUUACUUGAGGUUAGGCGAUAAGGCCUUGAAACUCAACAAAGCUUUAGCCAUGGCUGGUCCACUACUAACAGGCUUAGGAGCCAUUGGUUCGACCUUUCUUUCAUCCUCUCCUCAUAAUUCUUGGGCUGUUGUGCUCGGAAUCAUGGGAGGUGCAAUGGCAAGUGUUGUGAACACUGUAGAACAUGGUGGGCAAGUAGGCAUGGUGUUUGAAAUGUAUCGAAGCAAUGCAGGUUUCUUCAAAAUGAUGGAGGAAUCCAUAGAUUCGAACUUGAAGGAAAGAGAUGAGGAAAGAAGAGAGAAUGGUGAAGUGUUUGAGAUAAAGGUGGCAUUACAGCUUGGAAGAAGUUUAUCUGAGCUUAGAGAUGUUGCAGCUUCAUCUUCAAAGAAAGGGAAAGACAUUGAAGAGUUUGGAAGCAAGCUUUUCUAAAUUAUGUAUUAUUUUGAUAGUAUCAUCUCUUGAUUAAUUUAUUCAUUUUAUGUAUAUAAAAUUUAUAUAUCAUGAUCAUGUAAUUAAAUAAGUAAUUUGCGAUCUAAUAUAUAUUAUUAUAUAUCUCA